CUUCCCAGAGGCUAUAAAUAACAAGCUUCGCUAUACAAAUUCCUAUCUUCGCCUUCCUUGUCCGUCUAGUUAGCAGGACUGAGUUCAGAUCUGUCGAUUAUGUGAAUGGUUGCAUUGUUUCCUGUCUAUGGAGUGUGAGCGAGAUGGAGGCAGGGUCGUGCAGAUGAAAGGAAACAUUCUACUGACCAGGUAUGGCAGCAUGUGUAUUCCUUAUCACAUUCAAUUCUUCCUUACGAUGUGCAUGACUGCUUGCCUCGUACAGCAGAGGGGGCUUUACAUUGAGAUUUAUUGUUGUAAACAAAUACGACAUGCUGAGAGAAAGUAGAGUAUAAUCUUGGUUAUAUUUACUACGCGAUGCAUAAAUCUUUGGACUUAUUGAUUUCUAUAGGAUCGGAGUAGCGGAGGGGUUCCCUUGAAAGACGUAAGAGAUAGCAGCCGUCCUAUGAAGCUCAGAUAAGAUAAACAUGGGACUUACAUGAGUUUCCGCCACAUUACUGAGUGAAACCUUAGAUAUAAAGGACGAUGAAGUACAAACAACGCUUAAUUUUCAUGUCUGUUGCGUCCGUGACGCUAGUGAUUGUGGCGAUGUACAAACUUUACCGAAAGGAAACUGUGACUGAAAUGAUAAGUAAUCUUCCCAAGUUAGGGUUUCCUGUCAUUGGUGACACUCUGUUAAUUUCGAGCAGCUGUUUGGAUAAGCCUGUGACAUCAGACUGGAUGGUAGAGGAGAUGUUAGAUGAAAUGAACUUUACAACGAAUUCCAGAGAAAGUGGUGGGUUGUACGUUCUUCACGAAAAGAGUGCAAACUUCAAGAGUAAUCUCAAAAAAAGCAAUGCUCCCCUGCAGGUAGUCGUGGUACCCCAUUCCCAUAAUGACCCCGGCUGGCUGUGGACCUUGGAAACGUACUACACUGUCAGAACCAGAAGCAUUCUCACCAACACUGUUCUGUUUCUUGAGAAAUUUCCAGAUUUUAGAAUGAUUUGGACAGAGACCAUUUUUCUUGAUAUAUGGUGGAAAGAAACCACCCUUGACAUGCAGAACAAAUUUAAAGACCUCGUCAAACAGGGUAGAAUUGAAAUAUUAUCUGGAGGUUGGGUGUCAGUGGACGAGGCUACGACGCACUUCACAGCAGUCAUAGAUCAGCUGGUAGAAGGACAUUUGUGGAUCAGAGAUAUCCUAGGGGUCACCCCCAAUAUCAGCUGGUCGAUCGAUCCAUUCGGUUAUUCGACUAGUUUGCCGUAUCUGUGGUAUAAAUCUGGUAUGACGGACAUGACAAUAUUGCGGGUUCAUGGGGCAUUAAAACAGUACAUGGGCCACCGUCACAUGAUGACGUUUAAUUGGCGUCAACCGUGGGAUCUAAUGGGAAAAAGCGAUAUAUUGUGUCAUGUGGAACCUUAUACAUUGUACAAUAUCGAGUAUAGUUGUGGACCUGACCAAGAUGUGUGUGCUGUCAUGGACUUUGGUCGUCGAGCUCCACUUCCUAGUGAAAAGGAUGCACCCAUUGCUAUUGGUAAUGGUGAGAAACAAGCCAAAAAUCUCCAUGAAUAUGCCACGAUGGUCGCAAACCAGUACCGACAAAAAGCAGAUCAUUAUAAACAUGACGUGCUACUCAUGCCACAUGGAGACGACUUCAGGUACAUCAUGGAUCACGAAUUCCAAUCCAACUACGAUAAUAUGAAGAAAUUAAUGGACCAUAUAAAUUCUAGACCAGAAUUAAACAUUCGGAUGCGAUUUGGAACUGUGGGUGAUUAUUUCAACGAGCUGCACAAGAGCAUUACGAAGUCUGGCAAACCAGACACAUCGCUGAGUGGGGAUUUUUUCACUUAUACAGACCGAGAUGAUGAAUAUUGGAGUGGUUAUUACACAUCCCGGCCCUUUGACAAACGAAUGAUAAGAUAUCUGCUGGAGGUAUUGAAAACAGCGGAGAUGUUGACCACAUUCGCUGUGUACCGUGCGAAACAACAAGGCUAUGUCUACAAACACGUUGAAAAGGUUCUGAAAGAUUUGCAGGAGGCCAGACGUACUCAUGGUCUAGUUCAGCACCAUGAUGCCAUUACUGGAACAUCCGCUCACCCGACAGUGGUGGACUUUGAAAAUCGUAUAACAGGUGCUAUAACUUUAUUGCAGGGCGUUAUUUCAAGAGACAUCGAAAGUAUUUUGUUGAAAGAGUCAGCGACGGCGAAUGUCAACAUUGUACCUAUUCAUGUUCAAUCAAAACCCGAGGCACCUCUGGAACGACGCGUUAUUAGUGUAUCCGAAUCUGGAACCCAUGUUAUCUUUACCAACUCCUACACACAGAGGCGCAAAGAUUACGUUAGUCUUAUAGUGAAUUCUGUUAUGAUCCAGGUUCUGGACCAGUACGGAAAGGAGGUACAAGUACAGAUUAACCCUUGUUGGAAUAGCCAAAAUGAUAUAGCCAAGAAGAUCUUUGAGGUCGUCUUUCCAGUUGAGGUACCAGCGAUGUCGUUUGCAAUAUUUGUUUUCAAACGAUCCCAAACGAGUAAAUCCCAAUAUUCGAGUGUUAAGGUGAUGAAUGGAAAAGUAAAUACCCCGUUACCUAACAUAUUCAAAGCAGAGGAUAUACCUUCAAGUCAGAAAGAAUUUACAGUGGACACCCAGAAGUUAGCAGUCGCGUUUACGGAUAAAGGAGUGAUGAAAUCGGUUUGUCGUAAAAAUAAAGGGCGAGGGCGUUGCACCGAUGUUAAAGUCGGUUGGCAUUGGUACAAAGGUGUCAACAGCAAUGCCUAUUGUUUUGGGACGGAUGGAACCAAGACGAAGUUAUUUGAUGAGGACGUUUUUGUGAGGAUGAUAUCGGGUGUUUACACUACCACCGUUAUUAUCAAUCAUGUUCUAUUGCAGCACACUACAACUAUCUACAAUACCAGUGAUAUUCACGGCAACUAUGUUUAUAUUGAAAAUGUAGCGACAUUAAUCUCAGCAGGAGACAGAGACAAGGAAUUAUUUAUGGAACUGGAUACGUCUGUCAAAAAUCCAUAUAUGCAAUAUUACACUGACUCCAACUCAUUCCAACUGAUAAGCAGACAGACUCGGGAUAAUUAUCCAAUGGCUGCCAACAUAUUUCCGAUAACUUCUAUGGCAGUCAUGCAGGAUUCAAAAACGAGACUAACGGUACAUGUUGCUCAACCUUUGGGAAUUGGAAGCUUUAAACCUGGUUCUUUUGAAAUCUUAAUUGAUCGUGUUCCAACCUCAUCGGGCAAAGGCCUAGAGGAGCCGGUUAUUGACAAUAAGCCUACUCUUAGUAAGUUUAUUCUUCAUAUAGAAGAUUUCAGUAAAGAAGAGAUUAUGACUAAAAAUCAUCGGAAAAGGAUGGUUCAUCCUUCAAUAGAGAGCUUCCUUGUAAACGAUUUUCUCCAGCACCCUCUACUUCCGUUCGUUGCGAGCCGGAAGUACGAUUUGAAGGAAUUUAGUUUUGUAAAGUCAAGCUUGCCAUGUGACCUGGUCAUAGCUAAUUUAAAGACUUUUAUUUCCGAACACCAGGAACCAUUGGGUACUGGUUUAACUCUACACCAACGCAAGACGUCUUGCAAUAUACCUAAUGAAAAUACACCGUGUUCCUCUAGUGUUUCUAAACUCAGGUUAUUUGAUAUUUUCAGGGAGCUUACAAUUAAAGAAAUACAAAAAAUGUCUCUGACAUAUUUGCAUGAAAAGGAGAAAUUGUCACAAACGUCUGAAGUCGUUAUCAAUAGUAUGGAAAUAGAGUCUUAUAAAAUUCAGUGGUCUUAGCACCAAUAUGUGUAUACGUUAUAUGUUUACAUGUAAAUACGCAUCUCUGGGUAAUUUAUUUCAUGCUUGUUGGUUUCAUGUUCACUGUACAUUCCUUUUGUUAUUUCAUACACUUGUUGAAUAAAGGUGGAAUUUAGAUAAAA